UUUAAAAUCCCUAAAAAUACACAUAACAGGUAAUAAUAGCACACCAGAAUGAAUUCAUACUGAAAAGAAAAACCCUUUCCCAAUUUCAAUUUCAAUUUCAAUUUCAAUUUCCACGAGACUUGGAAGACGAUCCAAUUACCAAAACACGCUUUGCUUUCGAUUUUUUCUAGUCUAUGGCGAUUCUCUACGCCCUUGUGGCUCGUGGGACUGUGGUGCUCGCGGAGUUCAGCGCCGUCACUGGAAAUACCGGCGCAGUCGCUCGCCGGAUCAUCGAGAAGCUUCCGGCCGACGCCGAUUCUAGACUCUGUUUCUCUCAAGAUCGCUAUAUUUUUCACAUACUCAGAGUUGAUGGCAUCUCCUUCCUCUGUAUGGCCAACGACACUUUUGGCAGAAGAAUACCUUUCUCAUAUUUGGAAGAUAUUCAUAUGAGGUUUAUGAAAAAUUAUGGCAAAGUGGCCAAUUAUGCACCUGCUUAUGCAAUGAAUGAUGAAUUUUCGAGGGUCUUGCAUCAGCAGAUGGAAUUCUUUUCCAGCAAUCCCAGUGCUGAUACCCUCAAUCGUGUGAGAGGUGAAGUUGGUGAGAUUCGAACUAUAAUGGUUGAGAACAUAGAAAAAGUACUGGAGAGAGGCGAUCGCAUUGAGCUUCUUGUUGAUAAAACAGCUACCAUGCAAGACGGUGCAUUUCACUUCAGGAAACAGUCUAAGCGUCUUCGACGAGCUCUUUGGAUGAAAAAUGCAAAACUAUUGGCGCUGUUGACUUGCAUGAUUGUUCUGUUGCUAUAUAUAAUUAUUGCUGCUGCAUGUGGAGGCAUCACUCUACCUUCUUGCAGAUCUUAAGUGAUGUUAAAAUUUCAGCUGAGGUAUGCAACAAUGACUCCUGAGUUGAUGCAUUUCGAAUCUGUUAGUCGGUAUUCUGUCACUUGUUCAUCCAAAAUUUUGUGGUCUGCAUCGGGUGGGAUCAUAUAAUCUUUACUAAAUGUCUGUAGAUUUCUCUAGCUAUGCUUGCACCCCAGUGAAUAACAGUUAUUUGUUUUAUGAUGCUUAACAUAUGAUCUCUAUAUAUUCUUUGAAAGUGCUCAGAUUGUAGUAUAUUGUGGAGAAAUAAAAAUGGUUUAUUACACUUGUA